UUUAAGAAUGUUACACAGAUUAUCUUGCUCAUCUCUAGAAAAAAAUAUAUACAUAACAUACUUUUAUUAUUCCCAUUUCAAAGAUAGAAAACUGAGGUCCAGAAAGGUUAAGUAACUCGGUUAAGUUCACACAGCUGGCAUAUGGUAGAGCCAGGAGGUCUGGCUUUUUUUCAUCAUUGCUUACCACCUCCCCCCCACUAGUUUAAUGAUAUUAUUUACUAUUAGGAAUAAUAGUUCAUAAAAUCUUCAUUUGCCUGGUGCUUAGUAUUUUAUAAAAUAUGGUGAGUUUCAUAACCAGCCUGGGAAGUGGGUUGGGCAGGAUUAUUAGCCUCACUUUCAGAGGACAGGAAACAGUACAACUGAAACCUUGGAUGUCUUUGGAGGAAGUGUUUCUGUAUUACAAACAUCCUGGGGGCCUCUGUACCCCGGGAGUCAUUCACCAUAGAUGUACUGAGUACUUAGAAUGUGUCGAACUCAGACAGGGGUGCUGGCCACGUGAGCUACAGUCCUCCCCGGAGUUGUCAGAGCCUAGUGGGAGACCCAGGUACAGGAACCAAGAAUCACGGCACACAACAUGUAGUCUCUGAGGGAGAACAGAAAAUAGUGCUUAUGGGGCACAGAAGGAAGACCCAUCUGUGCCAGGGAGGUCUUAGAAAAGGCCAAGGUGGCAGUGGGGAAGGGGGAGGCUUUCCUGGAAGAGCGUGUGAGUGAGUGUGAAUCCAUGUGUGUGGCCAUGACCAUGUGUCCAGGGAUGGUUAUGCAUGGAUCUGAGUGUGUACCUGUUUACACGGGCUUACUCCUAUGUUAACUGAUUCACGUGCCAGCUCUCAGUGUGGAAGCGAAAAAUGUGAAUAUAAAAGAGAGUGUGCCUGGACACCACAGCAGAAUCUGAUGCCCUGGAUGGUCUCCCCAUUUCCUCUAGUCCCCCCAACAUCAGGGUGACCAGAGAUACAGUGGCUUCCCUCUCUAGCAGUUGCCUCAUGAGCUCUGAUGAUUAGACCCACCAGGCUUUCAAUCUGUCAGUCUGCAUGGAUCCUGUGGUCUAACAGAGCUCGCCAGCCUGUGUGAGUAAUGGGGGGUGAGGGUAACUGUAGGUGUGUCUCUGUUUGCACACUUCCAGCUAUGUGUGAAUGCUCAGUGUUGGCUUCUGCUAGCCAAACUAGGAAACCCUUCCUUCUCUGCCACCUCGGGAGUUCAUCAACUCACCUGUUCCCAUUACCACCCAAAUGUGGCUGGCUUCUGCCUUCACUUAAAUGUCCUGGGAUCUGUAAACAUACUUCUGUUUUGGGGCUGGGCAGAGGCCAGGCUGGAAAGUGCUACUGCCCAUUUCCUGUGGAGGCACUCCAUGAACUUCCUCCCACCCCUGCAAACCCCAUACCGGUCCAGAAAUCUCCCAAAGGAUUUAAAAAAAAAAAAAAGUGUGCAAAGGCAAAUAGAAAUGGUGGCAGCCAUGAGGAACCCAGAGGGUCACUCUCAGGAGUGGGCUGAUCAACCCCCUCCCCUGAUGAUAAAACCUGUUUUUAAGGGAAAAUUGAUCAAGGAGGGAAAGUGAGGACUCCUCUCUCCACAAUACUGCCCCAGGAACUGGGGAGGUGGGGUAAGGCUGUAAUACUCUAUUUCUUUUGAACUUGCACAAUCAAAAAAACUAAAAUGAUUGCAAAUAACAUAUAAUUUGAUGGUGACUAUCAGCAUCUCUAUAAGGUAGCAAAAUAAUUGAACUAGAUUUUCCCUUUUGUCAUAAGGCAUAUAAAUUCAGGGCCACAGAAUCGGGUAAGGCAAAGGUAUGUGCUGGAAUACACUAAUGGUUUGUGUGUGUUUACAUUCUGGCCCAAUGCACUGCCACAUGGCUAAAUAUUCACAUGUUAAAAUAAGCAAGAAUGAACCGCAGUAAUCAACACAUGUAGUAUGCCAUCUUUUAAGUUGAAUGAAUGAGUGGGUAAAGAGAAAAAUAAACAUAUUCAGAAAAGUAGAAUGGUUUCAUACAGUGAUCCCUGAAAUUGCAAUACCUAGAUUUUGUUCUCAGUGUCCCCAGUGACUUAAUCUAUUGAAAGGUUUUUAGCAUAUAUGGGAAAAUUAAUCCAGUGGCAGGAUAGAUAUCUUUCAAAAAUAUGAAUUAUGCUUAAUCAAACCUUGUUGAAAUGUCUUUUAAAUUGUAAAGGAUCAUUAAUAAAUGUUAGCUGUUGCAUAUCUGAAUAUAUUUAUUGUGGCAACCAUAUAGAGUCCAUAUUUCCAUGUUCUGGACACAAAUAGUAUCCUAGACUUUAAGGGAAGGUACUCAUUCUAUAAUACGUCAGGAGAAUUUUUCCUAGUCAAUAUGUUGUUUAUUUGCCCUUAAAUAUUGCAUCAAUAAUUUGAAAAAGAGAAACAGUCUGAUUAUGGCUAGAAAUUCUGAUUAGAAGCUAAGGUUUCUAUCGUGGACUGCUUUCAACUGCUAUAUUUUAUGGCACAGAUUCAGUGGGAAUCUGAUCUGCUAAAAUAUUUGGGCUGUGAAAACUCCCACACUGUGACAGAUGUCAAGUCCAAUUAAGUGACUCAUGUCCAGGUUUCUGUCCAAUAGGAUUUCCCAUUAAAUAUCAAUUUAGGGAAAAAAAUUCCAUCCCCCUGCUUAAGCCUUUAUCUCUUCCACCAUCUCCAGGCUGAAUCAAUUGGUACCCGGAGAGCCAAGAAGCCACACACGCAUCUCUGCCUCUUUGCUCAGGCUCUCACACCCUCUCGCAUCUUUCUCCGCUUCCCUGUCACUGUUAUUCCGGGAGACAUUCACUUUUCACCAACCUUUCUCCAAGCAUCUCCAAGCCACUGACUAUAUGUAUUUUGCUACAAGAGACCUAGAAGAGGAAAAGAGGCAUAAGACUUUCAACAGCUCGUUUUUUAAAAAAAAUCAACAACGAAUUUCCCGAAAUGUGUGAGAACAAUUAAAAGGAAAAGGCGUUUUUGAUCCAUCAACUAAGUGAACAAUCAUUCACAUCGUCCACAUCCUGAGACAUUAUCGUCCCUCGCUGUGGACACCAGCGAGAUGACAGCUGCUUUUUCAUUUCUGAAUGUAAUAAAUAUUUGCUGCUUUUAAUAUAUUUCGGAAUUUCUCCCCGCUAUUCCCUGGAAUUUUAACUCUAAAAGAUUGGAGAAAAGAUUAUCGAAAAGGCUUUUACAAGCCUCCAAAAUGAUGCUGAGUCCGGACCAAGCCGCCGACUCGGACCACCCCAGCUCGGCGCACUCGGACCCAGAAUCGCUGGGCGGAGCGGACGCCAAGGUGCUGGGCAGCGUGUCGGACCUGGAGCAGGUAGAGGAGGCCGAGGGCGACGGCAAGGGCGGCGGCCGGGCCGCGCUCUACCCGCACCCGCAGCAGCUGAGCCGCGAGGAGAAGCGCCGCCGCCGGCGGGCCACGGCCAAAUACCGCUCGGCCCACGCCACCCGCGAGCGCAUCCGCGUGGAGGCCUUCAACCUGGCCUUCGCCGAGCUCCGCAAACUGCUGCCCACGCUGCCCCCGGACAAGAAGCUGUCCAAGAUCGAGAUCCUGCGCCUGGCCAUCUGCUACAUCUCCUAUCUCAACCACGUCCUAGACGUGUAG